GAUGUGGUUGUGGUUGUCGUUGUCAUUGUCGCUGUGGCGGUUAUUUUGUGGCGCCCAAGGUGCAUCCCAGUGAAACGGAAAAUAUUGACGGCGUGCUAAUCAGGGCUCACACUCAAUCGGAACCAGAGCUGGAGCCAGCGUCAGAGUGCAGGACAAAGUGAGGUGUUGUUGGUGGUGCGCGAGUGUCGAGUGUCGAGUGUCGAGUGUCGCGUAUCGCGAGUGUCUGUGUCCAAUCGCCUCGUAAAAGGAUUAAGUCUGGGCACCCAUCACCCAGCCCACAUCAUUCGAGUGCUGACAGCCGGAAAGCCGAUUGCGUUGCCGAUAAGAACAGGACUUGGACGAGGACGAGGAACGGGGCAGGGGCAGGGACAGCGACAGCUUUUAUGUGCCAUCGACUGGUCAAUGUGACAGCAGGCAGCCGCAAAACAACACACCAGAGCAGACAGAAGGAAGAGCAGCAUCGGGGCCAGUUCGCAGGAGCUCAGCCAAUAAAAGUCCUGCAAAAGUCUGCCAGAGCCGGAAGCGCAGGGCAGGCGACAAGCGAAUCCAGCCAAAGGAGCAGGAGGACGAGUGGGAAGUGCAGCAGCAGCGGCAGCAGCAGCAGCAGCGGCAACGACAGGCAAAACAAAACAGGAAAAGUUGAGCGCCCGAGUUCGGGAGUUGGAAAAGCCCGAACCAGAGAGGAAUGUGAAGGGGGCACAGGCGGAAGGAGAGGCUGAAAAGUUCCAAAUUACGGCAGACCGAACCACCACCCACCGGCCCAUUGCAUCCGGAACUGUUAGCAGCAGUUGGAAUUUGAUUUUGGCGCUUCUUUCAGAGCCGCGUCGCUUGUUCUGCUCUGGGCCUCUGUGCUGGGAUUCAAAUUCACACAUUCAAAAAAGCAGGAAGUUCCUCCCUGCCAGUCCCGCCAGGCCACACCCUGAGAUUGGCUGCCACCGACUGCAUCCGAGGCAGGACGUGGAGAAGCGGACCUGAAAUGGAAGCGCUGGGCACAUGCUCUGACAACUUAUUGGCUGCACUCUGCACCCACUAGGCAUCCUGCCCCCCCACUGCAUCCUCCGCACCACGCCAUGGCCUGCUUCAGAGCCCGUUCCCUGCCGCAGCUGCUGCUGCUCCUCUGCCUCUCGUUGGCCACUUGGCGGACGCCUUCGGUCAGCGGCUAUCUGAACAUUUUCAUCAGCCACCACGAGGUGAUGAAACUGAUGGGACUCGAGGCGGAUCUGUUCUACGUGCACGAGGGAUCCAUUAACACAUACGCGAUGCACUUCACCGUCCCGGUGCCCGCGGACGUCCACGAGCUGGAGUUCUCCUGGCAGAGCCUCAUCGCCUAUCCGCUGCCCUACGCCAUCAGCAUCGAGUACGCCAACGACCAGGACGCCCUGGGCACGCCCACGCUGAGCAUCCCCCACAAGGGCCUGGUGCCGCAGGAGAUCGAGUCCUUCCUGGUGUACCUGCCGUGCACGGGCAACGCCAGCCUCCAGCUGCCCGUCAACGUCAACAUGGUGGUGCGAGGACCCCCGCGCUUCAACGACACCAGGCUCCACUUCAAGCGCAACAAGAUCUGUGCCAAGGGCAUCUCACCCGAACCGAACCAGUCGCCGGCCCCCGCCCAUGCCCCCUCCCAGGGACCCGCCCUGCUGAGUGCCGCAGCCUGUGCUCUCGGCCUGGUCCUGGCCGUGGGCCUCGUGGCCAGCAUGAUGUAUUUGCGGGCUCGCAAGCAGCUCCGCCAGGACUCGCUGCAUACAAGCUUCACCACCGCGGCCUAUGGCAGCCACCAGAACGUGUUCAUCCGCCUCGACCCGCUCGGACGGCCACCGAGUGCCACCGGCUCGUACGCGACCAUCGCCAGCCUCAACAAAUACCCCGGGGAGACGAAGAAGUCGUGCAGCAUAUUCGACCGUUUCCGCAGCUCCCCCAUCCCCACACCCUACGCCACCGCACUGCUCCCGAUGGGGGACAGGGACAGGGACCAGGACCAGACGCAGACCGGAGAAACAAUCUACUCGAAGCCAGAGUCGAUCUGUCCCUCGAGGAUAUCCUACUACGCCUCCUCGCAGCUGACCCAGCCCUGCAGCAUGUCCACGCCAAAGAGCAGCCGUGGCAUCGGUGGCAGUGGCAGUCUCUUUGGGGGCUUCAUCAACGGGGGCAGCACCAUCACCAUGGCCAGUCACGGCGAGAAGACCAAGGAUCGACUGCGCCGCAUUCCGAGUGUCCAGCCGGGGGCCCUCACCUACGAGCAUCUGGUCAGGGAGGGCACCUUCGGCCGCAUCUACGCCGGCAAGCUGGGCGACUCCUGCGACGCUCUGGUGAAGACUGUCAUCGAUGGGGCCUCGCUCACACAGGUGGCCUGCCUGCUGCAAGAUGCCUCGCUGCUGAUCGGAGUCAGCCACCAGCACAUCCUGGCCCCGCUCCUGGCCAACACCGAGCUGCCCGGCCCGCCAGAGAUCGCCUAUCCCUAUCCGUCCAAGGGGAACCUAAAGAUGUACUUGCAACAGUCGCGGGAGUCCAGCUCAGCCCUGAGCACCCGUCAGCUGGUGGAGUUCGGGCUGCACAUCACCAAGGGAUUGGCCUAUCUGCACUCACUGGGGAUCGUCCACCGGGAUAUUGCCACACGCAAUUGCUAUGUGGAUGAGGAGGCGUACGUGAAGAUCUGCGAUGGCGCCCUGUCACGGGACCUCUUCCCGGACGACUACGACUGCCUGGGCGACAACGAGAACCGGCCCCUGAAGUGGCUCUCGCUGGAGGCGCUGCAGAAGAAGGUGUACGGGUCGCAGGGCGACGUCUGGGCCCUGGGCGUGCUCUACUGGGAGCUGGUCACCCUCGCCCAGAUGCCGCACGAGGAGGUGGACAUAUUCGAGCUUACCAAUUACUUGGCUGCCGGCUACCGGCUGGAGCAGCCCGUCAACUGCCCCGAUGAAUUCUUUACCGUUAUGAACUGCUGCUGGCACUGCGAGGCAAAGCAGCGGCCCACGCCCUCACAGCUGCUCUCAUAUCUGCAGGACUUCCAUGCGGACCUGGGCAUGUACAUCUAAAUCUCAAUCUGAAUCUGAAUCCAAAAGCCGAGCAAUAGCCCGGGACUGAUGCCUGGUCAUAGGGUCAUAUAGGUGGGGGUUCAAGUGGGCCCGGGGCUGAAACCUAAGUUAAAAUAAUUGAAAACUUUUACAUUUUAAAUGUGAGAUUAAAUGUGAAUUUACCUGUUAGAGUUCGGGCACAGAAACCAAUUAAAACAGAAGCCAGCUAACUUCAGAUACGUAAGCAGCAGAUACAACACACACAGAUACACACACGCAUGCACACAAACAGGAGACUUUUUGUGGAAAUCAAAUCCACAAUUCGUUGCCAUCAGCCCGAAAGAAUGCUAAGCCAA